CGAAGAUCGUGGGAGAUUUAAUAGGAUUUGGACUUUGUAUACAUUAUUCCGCUCGUCUAUUUGGUGUUUUCUUCAGGAGAUCAAACAGAUUUCUUUUCACUGGUUUCGGUUUUUCUGUAUUGUUUUCCCUUUACGGAUUACGCUGACUUCCAUGGAACUCUUCUGAUCCCCGAAUGAAUGGGAAUCCCGUAAGAAACUCUCCUUUCUUACAAGAAGAAGAUCUCUAUACUGGAUUUUAAUUUUUCAACCAGACUCAUCCUAAUUUGGGAUUUUUUCAAUUCCUUUUGUUAUUGUGGGGUUUUCAACCAAAAACCCUAGAAUUUGCCCACUUCAUACAAGGACAUGUACCAAGGAUACGACUCUUCCAGCUCUUCCCCCUCGGCCGAGUCUCAGUACCUGUCAUCAGUGGAUUCCUUUGGGAGCCCGUCCACAGCUGCCGCUCCACAGGAGUGUGUAGGCAUAUGUGAUGUCCCCACCUCUUUUGUCCCCACUGUUACGGCCAUCACCAGUAGUCAGGACCUCCAGUGGCUGGUCACUCCUGCACUUAUCUCCUCAAUGGCUCAAUCCCAACCUACGCCAGGGACAUCUCUUGAUCCCUAUGACCUACCAGGUCCCAGUUACGCGUCUCCGUCCGGAGGAGCAUACGGUCCUAAUCCGCCUGCGACCUCCACGCCAGGGCAAGAGGGCACACGUCCGACGCGUGCACGAGGCAAGAGGACCAGAGAGGAGGCAUUGACUCCGGAGGAAGAAGAAAAGAGAAGAGUGAGGAGGGAGCGAAAUAAACUGGCGGCUGCGAAGUGCAGGAACCGGAGAAGAGAGCUCACGGAUCGUUUGCAGAGCGAAACGGACCUUCUGGAGGAGGAGAAAUCCACCUUGGAGGCAGAGAUCGAUGAGCUGCGCCGACAGAAGGAACAGUUGGAGUUUACCCUGCUGUCCCACCGACCGACGUGUAAACUGCCAUAUGAGGACCCUGACCUGCCCCCAACAGACCCAGCUGCGUCCUAUUCCAUUGGAGGCCCGCUGGCCACCUAUGCCCCCCAACCGGAGGUAUCCUUCCCUGUCUGUUUGCCCCCGCUGCCGGACUUAGACUGUGUCGCCGGCGCGGGAUCUUACACCUCUUCAUUUGUGUUCACCUCACCAGAGGGAGGAGCAUGCGGAGCCCGGUACCAGCGCAGCAGCGGGAGUGAGCGCUCAUCCUCCGACUCACUCAGCUCCCCCUCACUCCUGGCACUCUGAAACAUAAACUGCCGUUCCGCUCAUCCUGUGAAUCAUUCAGCCGUGUGUCUGUCCGCACGGACCUUGUCCAGCUAGUCCAGAACCCUGGCUCAUCUUCUCCUUCACUUGCAUUCUUCAUGUCCGCUUAUUGUUCGUGGUCACCCAAAACAUCAUUUUCUUUGAACCGUCGCUUCUACCGUUUCUUCUGUUGCUUUUUUAUACAUUUCCAAAUAACGCUAAGCACUU